UGUAAAAUCAGAGAAGACAAAUGUGAGGAGGCAAAUAGUGAUUGGCCAGAAUGAGAUGAUGUAUGAUAGUAGCGCUUCACACAGGUGUGAUUGUUCUGUUUUUUGGGAGUUGGGAAGGAGCUGUUAGGGUAGUUCUGCACUGGACUGCAGACAUGCAAAUUGGCAUUUACCCUCUGCUCUUUACAGAGACCCUUGAUGAGGCGAAAAAACGAGAGACAAAAUAUAACACCACAAUGUGUCCAACAUCUGAAAUUGAAUCUCAUGAUGAAGGAGCUAUCCGCCAAAAAAGAAUAUCCAGGCCAAAUCAGCAGUUUAUGCAUUCUGAUUCUGAAGACCAUCAGAGUAGCAGUGCAAAAAGAAAGCGUUUUGCCAAACCACCUGAUGUUGGAUGUCCAGUAGAUCUUGUUGCUAGCAACUACCAACAAUCACUAGCUGAUGAAGUUCUUAAUGCUGAGAUGCCAGGUUUUGCUACAGCCCACUGUGUCCAGUACCACAAGUUGCAGAAUCCACAGCGACAAAGUACAAGUAUUGGGUUGUCUGGAUGCAGCUCAAGGCAGUAUAACCAUCGCCCUGGUCUCUCACAAUGUGCACAAAAUAGGCUGCCAUUGGAUAUAUCACAGACAAACUCCGACCAGAAUGAUGUAUUGGAUUCAGCGCCUAAUCAAGGUUUCGAAGAUGCAACCACACAAAGGGCCAGCAAUAAUGGGCAGCUUUUGAGAGGCAAACCUCGCUAUCCAUAA